AUGAUUACUGAUAAUAUUCUUAUGGCAUUUGAGGUUAUUCAUCAUAUGAGGAGAAAGACUAGAGGCAAUAGAGGAGAGGUAGCCUUAAAGAUUGACAUUAGUAAGGCUUAUGAUUGUGUGGAUUGGUUUUUUCUUUCUUGCAUGAUGAGGAAGAUGGGUCUUGCUCAGCGGUGGAUCAACCUUACUAUGAUGUAUGUUUCUUCUAUCAAACACUCCAUGGCCUUCAAUGGGCAUGAGAUAAGGCCUAUCAUUCCUCGCAGAGGUCUAAGACAAGGUGAUCUUCUUUCUCCCUAUUUAUUUAUUAUUUGUGUGGAAGACUGUGGCACAGAUUGUAGGGAUGGAAAGAAGAUGAUGAAUUCUUAUUUGUGGGGCUUGAAACGGGAUGGUAAUCGAGGUAUCCACUGGCUUGCAUGGGAUAAGAUGUGGUCUAGGAAGGAUUCUGGUGAUAUGGGGUUAAGAAAUCUUCACCUUUUUAAAAUUGCAAUGCUUAGGAAGUAA